AUGGUUGAUUCACAACUAGCUCAAUUGGCCGAGAGAGUCCCUUUCAACUCACCUUCUACUCUACGCAGACAAUCACAAACUAACCCUUCCAACAUCAGGAAACCCGACUCUUGCAAGGAAAUCACAUUGAGAUCGAGCACAUCCUAUGAGGGUCCUAAGAAGGGGGAUAGUGAGGAAAAGAAGGAAGGAGAAGAGAGUGGGGGUGAAGACAAGGAAAUUGAGGAAGAGAAGGUUGUUGAGAAAGAAAAAAGUAUGGAGAAGAAGAAGCUUAGAGAUGAGAAAACAACUUCAACUCCUAGUGAGGCUAGGAAUCUUGAUGGGCCGGUUCCAUUUCCUGGUCGACUUGCGGAGAGGAAAUUGAAUGACAAGUUUGCAAAGUUCCUUAGUGUGAUGAAGAAUUUGCACAUCAACCUCCCUUUCAUCGAAGUUGUCACUCAGAUGCCUUCAUACUCCAAGUUCCUCAAGGAUAUUCUCACCAACAAGAGGAAGCUCAAUGAUGAGCUCAUCAUUAUUCCCCAUCAAGUGAGUGCACUUGUUCAACAUAAGAUGCCUAAGAAGCAAAAGGAUCCGGGAAGCUUCACUUUGCCGGUAAGGAUUGGGAACAUGGAAGCUAGGGGCGCCUUAGCUGAUCUUGAAGCAAGUGUUAGCUUGAUUCCUCUAUCCAUUUCCCAUAAGCUUAACAUUGAAAUGAUCCCUACAAGGAAGACUAUCCAAUUGGCCUACCGUUCGGUGAAGUUACCUUGUGGUGAUCUUGAAGACGUUCCCAUUCAAGUUGGGCAUAUUUAUGUACCUUGCAAUUUUGUAGUGAUGGAUAUGGAAGAAGAUGUCGAUACUCCUUUGAUUUUGGGUCGUGAAGCUCUUUAG